AAAGUGUCUUAGUCUUCCAGAGCUGCAGCGGGCGAGGGACAGGAUGAACGACUAUGAGGCGGACACGGCAUUCUUGGGGAACUGGGGUGUCUUCCAGCAGCGGAUAUUGCUGCUCCUUUGCAUCACCAUGAUCCCCAACGGCUACGGCGGCCUGAGCGCCGUUUUCCUGGCCGCCACGCCGGACCACCGCUGUCGUGUGCCGGCGCACGGACUCAACCUGACGGCGGCGUGGUGGAACGCCAGCAUCCCGAUGGAGGAGGAUGGCCAGCCGGCCAAGUGCUCCAGAUACCGGCUGGAGACUCUUCGGGCUUACUCGGAGGAAGGCGUGCUGCCCCCCGACGUCAACCUGAGCAGUGUGCCCCAGGAGGGCUGCCUGGAUGGGUGGGAGUACGACCGCAGCAUCUACACCGCAACCGUCGUGUCUGACUGGGAUCUUGUGUGCGGGGACCAGUGGAAGAAGCCUUUGACCACCUCGCUCUUCUUCUUCGGCGUCCUCAUCGGCUCCUUUUUGUCAGGACAGAUCUCUGACAGGUACGGGAGGAAGAUAGUGAUGUUUGUCACCCUUGCAAGCCAGACGACGGGCAUGUUCAUCAUGGUCUUCUCUUCAUCCUGGAUUAUGUUCUGCAUCCUUUACUUUUUUUCCGGAAUGUUCCACAUCUCCAACUACCUGUCUGCGUAUGUGCUAGGAAUGGAGAUCUUAGGUCCGCGUGUUCGUGAGUUCUUCGCCACGGCGGGCUCUUGUCUGUUCUUCGCUGUGGGCUACAUGAUGCUGCCGCUCCACGCCUACUUCCUGCGAGACUGGAGGUGGCUUCUGCUGGGUCUCUCGGUGCCAGGAUACCUCCUCUUGCUUUUCUGGUGGUUCAUCCCCGAGUCUCCUCGCUGGCUGCUCUCCCAGGGAAGAAUCGACGAAGCGGAGGCCAUCGUGAAAAACGCCGCCAGGCUCAACAAAAAGGAGCCGCCGGCUAUAAUCUUCAAUUCUCUGCAAAAAGAAUUCGAGAAGGCGAAGAGCCACAUCUGUGACAUGCUCCGUUCUCGUAACAUCCGCUGGGUUUCUGUCAUGCUGUGGCUGGUCUGGAACACGGUGGCCAUCGCUUACCUCGCCCUCUCCCUCAACACGUCCAACCUUUACGGCGAUGUCUACUUUAACUGUUUCCUGUCGGCCGUCGUGGAAAUUCCCGCUUACAUGAUGUCUUGGCUCAUGUUCCGCUACUGCUCCCGGCGGCUGACCCUCUCCUUCAGUCUCUUCGCGGCGGCAUUCUUCCUUCUGGUCAUCCAGUUCAUUCCGGCAGACCUGAUCUUCGUCGCCAUCGGUCUGGAGAUGGCAGGGAAGUUUGCCCUGACGUUAGCGUUUGCGCUCGUCUACGCAUACUCUGUAGAAAUCUACCCGACCGUACUGAGGAACACGGCCUUAGGCGCCUGCUCCAUGGCCAGCAGGGUAGGCAGCAUCAUCGCACCCUACUUUAUCUACUUGAGAAGCUAUUCCACCUCCCUGCCUUACAUCCUGAUGGGAGGUCUGACCAUGAUGGCGGCGUUGCUGAGCCUCCUGCUGCCCGAGAGCUACGGAAUGCCUAUGCCGGAAACCAUCGCCCACAUGCAGCCCUUUCCUGGAUGCUGUCGGAAGAACAUCUAUAAACUCACAAACACCAAAGAAGAAGAAUAUGUUCCUGACAGGAAAUCCCAGGAUGUUGAGUGAAUGUGCAGCCUUUAUAUUAGGAAUCACUAAGAGGAGGAAUAUUAGUAGAACUUCUUAUCAUGUGAUGUAGAUAGAAAAAAUUCCAAUUACUCACGAUGGCCACAUUUUUAUGCAUUUAUUGUUUAUGAAUAUGACAUAAGAUGACAUAAAUAGUCAAUUGAA